GUGUCGGUUCGUAGAACGUCAUUCUUUGGCUUUUCUAGUACACACCGAUGUGGUGGUGCCAUCUUGAAUAGCGAAUGGAUCGCUACAGCAGGACAUUGUGUUGAUGACUUACUCCUGUCACAGAUUCGCAUUCGAGUAGGCGAGUACGACUUCUCGAGUGUUCGAGAGCCUUAUCCUUACAUAGAACGCGGGGUGAAGAAGAAGGUCGUCCAUCCCAGCUAUAAUUUUUUCACUUACGAGAAUGACCUGGCCCUGGUGAAACUAGAGGAACCAGUGGAGUUUAGGCCUCACAUAGCUCCAAUAUGUCUGCCACCCGAUGACGAUAACCUGAUAGGCCGUAACGCCACUAUUACCGGGUGGGGGCGUCUUAGUGAAGGUGGCGUUUUGCCCUCUAUGCUACAAGAAGUGCAAAUACCAAUCGUCAGCAACACCAAGUGCAAGAACAUGUUCUUAGCUGCUGGAAGAAACGAAUAUCUUCCUAAUAUCUUCAUGUGUGCAGGCUUUGAAGAUGGAGGGAGAGAUUCGUGUCAGGGAGAUUCCGGUGGACCUAUGCAGAUCCAGGGAGAAGAUGGCCGAUGGUUUCUGGCAGGGAUCAUCUCUUGGGGGAUCGGGUGUGGGGAGCCAAACCUUCCUGGUGUUUCUACCCGAAUAUCCAAGUUCAAGGACUGGAUUCUGGAAAACAUAACGUAA